AUGCGCUCGUUUCCAGAUAAAUGGGCACACUUGCUCAAAGAUGCGAGGAAAAAGAAUGAAACUCUACCGCUUGCAGAUGUAGCAAGUUUACAGUCUCUUUUGAUCUCUUCAGGUUUUGCGGAAGAGGAAGAGGAAGGUGCUAAUAGCUCCUCUAUUUCGACUACUUCCAAGAAGAGUGGAGUGGGCAACCACGAAAAGUCACCUUCUUCUAGCAGUAAAGCAGAGAGAAAGAGUAAAAAGAGUUUUUCAGAAAGUGGAGAGAAACAAAAAUCUCCCACAAAGGACAAGGAAAGACGGAAAUCGUCACGCAAAGAUGAGUCGGAGAGUACAGGUGGUGGAACUGCAGAGGAGAAAAGGAUCAUGCGCAAGCUCAAGGAGAUGGACGAAAAAUUGAGACAAAUCACUGGUGAGCAAGGCGGUGGCGGGUCUUCGUCAAGGAAAAGUUCUUCUCGUAAGUCGAAGUCUGCAGAAGGUGGCAAAGACCGCAGUCCCUCUACUGGCGCGCACCCAAGACGAAGACACGAGGGUGAAGUUGACCAUCUGCAAGUGAUGGAGGGAAGUAGUGGUGACAAGCGCAAGAAAUCUCGAAGCAGCCUCGACGAACGGUCAUCUUCAAAAAAGGAUAGGAAGAAUGACAGAGAAGAAGGAGGAGGCGCGAGUUAUUACAGUGUUAUGGAUGAAAAUUCACCCGAUUUGAAAUGCAUCAUCUUCUUCAUGUAAUUAGUUUCAUUUAACUACAUUUAUUUCAUUGUGCAACAUCGAAGAGCCCCUCUAAUCCUAUCUUAGAGCCAGGAGACGUGGAGACACUCAAAGCAGACGCUCGCAAACUUUGUGCUCGACGGGACAGAAUUUUGAGACGUCUAGCCGACGUCUUGCAGUUUCUACCAAGUGACGUGGAAGGACAAGAUAGUUCGGACGACGCAUAUCAAUGGCAAGACGGCGUCGAGGGUGGGGCCCAAUACACUUCCGCGACCCUCCAAGACGCUGGUGCCGAACUUGUGCGUCGUGUAGAGGCAGCUGCGAGAGGUAUCUUAAAAGUGCAGAUGGAGCCUGGCAAGGAAGGUCCAUGGCAAGGGACGCUUCGACGUCUUGCAGCAGCGGCGGAACAAGCGGGGGUGACGGAGCAGUUGCUUGGCCGAGUCGAAGCAGGCCUAGCAGAGGCGAAUGCGGUAGGCUUGGUAUCUGCAUCUAGAAGUAGCGAUCAAGAAGAACCACGAGAAGAAGUGGAAUUGCUCAGUGAAGCAGAAUUUUUUGCUGAACAAGAUGAGGGUUUUGUCCAGUAUCCUCAACAAGGCGAGGACGGCAGCGAAGACGACAACAUGCUUUCUGAAGAUGGGGCCAAUUCCUCGAUAAAGGUUCGAAAAAGUGGAUUCGGUCUAGUGGGUGGAGGAACUACGUCAAGAUCUUCACGUGACCAAAGUCCAUCAAGCCAUAGGAGCAAGAAGUCCAAAUCUCCAUCUCCAGCACGCAUCGGAGGCUUCACACUAGAUCCCCAAGGGCUAGCAAUGGCAGAAUUGCUGAAUUCUAGUUCUUCGAUUUCACCGCCGAAAAGAAUAGAGAAACCGAGAUUUCUUCCACGUGCGGGUCCUGGGGCCAUGGCGCAGCGGUCAGCGAUGUUAGCAGAAGCAGCGAUGCGGCAUAGAGAAGAGCGGAGAGCGGAGAUUCUGGAAGCAGCUGCUAGCGGAUCCAGUCGGUCGGGGAGUCCACAGAUUAAGGCUAGAAGAGUUGUAACAUAAAAGUAGAAAGUAGUUAAGGCCAAGGCAAACAAGGACUUGACUCGAAAAAUGUUGUGCUGUCCGUGCUAUCUCUAAUCAACAACACCCGCCCCCCUUCCUCCGCCAGCAACCAGCACAAAGACGACCACCCAAUCCCAGAGGGCGACCUGUUGCAGAACGAUCUGCAGGAGCACUUCCACCUAAAAACGGUAAUAGAAAUAGAGCUAGAGGCAUCAAACCUCCUGUAGUAAUACCAAGUAGGGUGACGACGACAGCAGAAGACUUCUACGCGGAAAGGAUGGAGCAGCAGGCUUUGUUGGAUGCUGUGUUGUUAAGGCUGGACAUAUACUAUCACAGCAGGCUUUGUUGGGCGCUGUGGUGUUACGGAUGAGAAUCUUGUUGUAUUAAUCCAUUGUGAGGAAGAUUCUUCCCGUUUCAUCUACUAGGCUCCUUCGUCCUAAGUAAGGGGCAGAGGAUUUCUCAAGGAAGAUGUACGACACUGACACAGAGAUGAGCAGUGCUGGAGUUUUCUAAGUCCAGCCGAUGAAUUAGUUCCGCUUGACGAGGCUUUUACGAUAGCACGUCGUCGUGCUUGGGGCCGUGCUCACCGGUUGAGGUGGAGUGACCCAUUUCCACAAUCGGAUGGUAUUAUUGUAGCGUAG